AUGGACAACUUCAGCUCACCAACUCUACUGCUCAGCAAGAAGGAAGCGCACGAAUUUGCGAGAUUUGUAGCUCACUGGGCUGCAAGGAGAGGCUGUGUGAAGGCAGCCAAAAACAACUGUGGUAGCGCGACCUCGGCUUGGCUCGGUUUGACAAGACAGCACAUGCGCAAAGCACGGAGUAGCGCUGAAAAGAGUGCAGUGAACCUGCGGUCCAGCUUGCAAGCUUCGAAGCCACUGACUGCAGCAGAGCGCCAGGACCUGGCGACGAGCUUGGGGCGAGAAGGGUUUGACAAGAAAGCCUGUGCAGCCUUGCUCUCCGACGGGCUUUGCCCUUUCACACCAGCCACUGCUACAGCGCUGAAGGCCCUGCACCCUUCUGCACCUGCUCCUACGGUGAAGCCUGUUGGGGAAUUACCUUUGGCUCCCGACGUCGCACCGGAGCUGGUUGCUCGAUGCUUGCGGGCUUUUCCCUCCGAAACAGCCCCGGGCCCUACCGGCCUGCGCAUACAACACCUCCGGGAAGCUUGCGUCACAGGGUGCAGUGACAAUGUUGUGGCGCACCUGGCCGCCGUGGUCAACUUGCUGAUCCAAGGCCGUGCUCCUCCAAGUGUCGCUCCGGUGCUGGCUGGCGCUGGCUUGGUCGCCUUGCCCAAGCCCAAUGGCGGUGUGCGCCCCAUCGCCGUUGGUGAGCUUCUCCGUCGUCUGGCUGGCAAAUGCCUCAUGAGCCUGGUUCGCAGUGAGGCUGGAUCGUUUUUUUGGCCAGCGCAAGUUGGCGUGGGGGUCUCGGGUGGUGCUGAGAAAGCGGUGCACGCUCUUCGGGCUUGGACCGCGCGGCACAGCGCUGCUUCUUCGAAGGCCUUGGUCAAACUGGACUUCACCAAUGCCUUCAAUUGUGUCAACCGUAAAGUCGCUUUGCGAGCAGUUGCCACCCACUUCCCCGCUCUAGCGCGCUUUGCUACUUGGUGCUACCAACAGCCCACUCGGCUGCAGUUUGGCGCUCUGGGCCUGGAGUCUCAGACCGGGGUGCAGCAAGGGGACCCAUUGGGUCCUUUGCUUUUUUCUGUGGCAUUGCAGCCUUUGGCGUUGGAACUUCGCCAGAGCAACCUCGACCUUGCCAUGUUCUACCUCGAUGAUGGCGUGUUGGCAGGUGACAUUCCAGCUGUGUCCGCAGCCUUGGCCCAUGUCCAACAAGAGGCGGCUCGCCUCGGGCUCAGCCUGAACCUCAGCAAGUGUGAAGCCGUUGUUGUGGGAGCCACUGGUGCGGCGGCUUUGCAGCCUCAUCUCCCUCAUGCUCUGCUGCUGGACGGGCACGGAGCUUGUCGGGUCCUUCGCAACUUUGAGUUCCUCGGGGCUGCCAUUGGGGACGACGCUUUCUGCCAUGACCACACUGCUGCACGCGCUUCCAAAGCUAACCGCUUGUUGGAGGCCAUUGCCGAGAUGGACGACCCCCAAGUUGCCCUGCGGCUGCUGCGCGCCUGUGGCGGCUUCACGCGCAUGGUGCAUAGCAUGCGGUGCACACCCCCACGCAGCCGCAUUAGCGCGGGGCGCAGCUUCGCGCACGCUGGUCUGGCUCUUCGGUCCAGUGUGGAGCAUGCUUCUGCCGCCUUUCUGGCGUCUUUGGGAAGCAGCUUGGCUUCUUCAGAGCUGGAUGGGGCGUUCUCGCGCCCGGAUGUGGUCGCUUGUGCGGAAGUGCAGUACGCUUUGGUGGCUUUCAAUGCUCACCUUCCACCUGCCCAAGCUUUGCCUCUGGAAAAGGCGAUGGCCUUAAAACAAAGCGCCCUUUCUGCCUGCUUGGAUGAUGCUUCGUGGGCCGCCCACCUUGGUUCUGCCAGCGCUUCUGCCAAAGCAGCGCUGCUGUCAGAAGCCUCUCCUGGAGGACGGGCCUUUCUUGGGGCUAUUCCUUCGGGCAAGACGCGCAUGGAGAAAGCCACAUUCCUCGCAGAGUUGCGACUGCGGCUGGGGGUGGCAGAUGCUCCGGCUGAUAGUUGGUGCCCGCGGUGUGAUGGGAUCAUGGACAUGCUCUCUCAUCACGCUGGAAGUUGCAUUGCUGGCGGGGAGCGCACCCAGCGCCACCAUGCCGUCCGCGAUGUAGUCUUCACCUGGGCGGCAAAAGCCGGGCUCCAUCCUGAAAAGGAGCGGCCAAGCCGCGCCCCAGAGGAGAGAGGUAAUUCAUAG